AUGCAAGGAUCGAUCUAUAGCUCGCCUUUUCCGGCGCUAAAUCCCCGGGUUAGAUACAAAACAGCGCUAGAGAGAGCCGGUUUUGAUGUGAAUUUCGACCAUAACAACAAUGUUCGUUCUGGAGAAACAGUUUCACAGCGUAGAGCAAUCAGGCACGCCAGUGAGGGUGAGGCGUCGGCGUCCGGGGUGCAUUCGGGUCCUAAUGUGGCGCGACUUCCGCCCAAUGGUGGACACAGGGCCGUCAGUGAGCGAGACCCACAUUCGAGGAGCGAGUCCCCGUUCUUGCCUCAGUUGCCGGCUGAUAGGCUUCGCUACCCGUCAUCCGGGCCGCUCCGAAACAGCGAGGAUUCACAGGCAUCGCCUACAUCGCAGUCUGCCGCUGUGCCGAGCAUGGACCAAAGUUCUGGCACGAUGCUAGAGGCCAAAUCGGACUCAAGCGAUCGCUCCAACUACGUGUCCUCCGUCUUUGAUUUCGAGAAAAAGAGGUCGUCCCAUGCCCAGCAAGAACCGGAAGCGCAAAACCUCGAUCCUGUUGCGAAAAGUUUUAUGCAAUUGACUCAAAAUUUCAACGACAGCGUCUCCUCGCACCAUGAGCGUGACUUCACGCCCUAUGCACGCGAGUCCUACACCAGCGUAAAUGCCAGCGAUGAAGUGUUCGAAGACGCUCAAAGCUAUGACGAUGCUCUGGAUAAGACCAGCAAUACCGCCAAGUGGAAUUCUAUCUUACGCAUAAGCGAGACCCCACAGAGUCCCGUCCAAGUGUUAGAGUCGCCUUCGGCUUCGCCACCACAGCGGCAACGGCAGCAAUCAAUUGUGGAGACUAACGACCUUAAUGCAACACCGCAUUGCAGAAGGGAAUCCAAUUCUAGUAUCAGCUUCACACCAGUUGCUGAGCUGCAAGUGAGUCUUUCGCCCAAAAAAGUGCCCGAACUACCCAAUACAGCGGUUCCUCUUAUUCAUAUAUCGCAUGAUCGAGCACAGAGCAGGGGGUCGGUUGAAGACAGCUUUAUAUCUGGCUCAUUCGAGCCGCCUGCAACUAGCUCUCAGCAGUUCGGGAACAGUAGACAGUCGGCUUUAUCGUCGGACCGUUCUUUGGAAGGUGAGAUACCUGCUUCUCACCAGUCUUUAUCUAGUCACCAAACUCGAUUACGGGACUCGAGUGCUUUCGAAGCUCCCAGCGAAAGUGCAAUCUUGAAGCAUGCCGCUGAGUUUGGAAACGAAGCUCGCGGGCUUGAAGAAGGAGAAGAGCAUGAGGAGGACGAGGAGGACGAGGAGGACUUUGAUCCAUCUUCAACCAUUAAAUCAUCGUUGCAGGUUGAAAAACUACUUGCGCAGUUAAAUGACGUUUCGAUUAAUAGAAAUCUUACCGUGGGGGAACAUUCACCAAAUUCUGCUGCCAGAAAUCGCUUUAAAAAGUCAAGUGCUUAUCUUUCUGGCUACCCCUCUGCGCCACUAGACACACAAAUUGAUACAGAAUUGCAUGCCUCUGUUCCGGGAGGCGAAGAAUUACGGAACAAGCCUCAAAGCAUUUACUUGGCUGAGGAUAACCAGAGAAAGCUUUCUGAUGAGUUGUCUCCAGACUCAGAUGGGUCCCCAAAAUUCUUCAAAUUUCGUCAGAAUUUGAUUCCUUCCUUACACAGUUCCGGUGGCACUGAGGACGACAUGCUAGAGUUCAUGAGACCCUCGGAACAAUUGAGCGAGUCCUUGAAAGCUCCCAUCAUACAGCCUUUACAGCUAUAUCCAAAAAAGUCCCCGGAAGAUCAACUCUCUAACUUUGAGAGAAGUACUAAGAAAGAUGAUGUGGCACAAAUUCCACUCAAGUCUCAGGAAACAGAUAUUGCGGAGGAACCGAGUGAAGCGUUCAAGUUUCCAGCAGGAGAGGGACCGUGUCGGUCCUGUGGGCUUGAAGUGGGAAAUUCCAAACGCAUCUUUUCCAAGAAAGAUAACGAACUCUCAGGGCAAUGGCACCGCACCUGCUUCACGUGCAUCAAGUGCGAUGUAAAGUUCUCCAAGCGCGAACCUUGUUACAUUUUAGACGACGAGCCCUUCUGCCAAUUGCAUUUCCACGUUACCAAUAAUAGUAUUUGCAGGAUUUGCCAUGGAUUCAUUGAGGGUGAGUGCCUUGAAAAUGAUCGAGACGAGCGCUUUCAUGUCAAUUGUCUCAAGUGUUUCCGCUGUAACGUACAUAUACGCGAGGAUUACUACUUAUUCAACAACGAGCUUCCGUUGUGCGACAAACAUGACAUCGAAGCUCUUAAGCUAGAGGCUUUCAACGGACUCGAGGGCUCUACUACGGUAUCUAAGAGAAGAACAAGAAUUGUCAACUUCAGCUGA